CUACACACAUUGCUACCCAGUUUACUCACAUAAAAGUUAACUGCAAAUAUAAUUGGUUAGUAGUGCUCUUUAGCGGCUCAAACAAGGCAGGCGCAACUGAUAGCAGCUUACCGAUAUGGCAAAAUGUUACAGCAGCUUUGCAGCAACCGCUUUUUUAAUGUUCAUCGUAUUACAGCAGUGCUCGCUGCUUGCGCCGGUGAGCAGUGCUGCUGCUGAGUCAACAAGUUCAACGCUUUUGGAAAAAUUAGCACCAGAUCAUGUAUACUUUCCCGAUGAAAUUAUGGCGAAGCGAGUUGAAUAUGACGACUUCUUAGAUCCAAUUUCGGGUGAGGAUGAAGAUGAAGAGUCUUACGAAGUUGCGGACUAUGCUGUAGUUUCCUCAGAGGAGGAGGAGGAUUUAUCUACUGCAAAUGACACUGUUAUCGGUUAUGUGUUGUUUCCUUCACCCGUAGAGUAUGUUUCUCACUGAAUGAUUCUCUGAAGAAUUAGGUUUUUAUUUGCAUAUUGUUAAUGUGUUUUUAGUAUAACUGUACAAAAGAAAGACAAUUUUAAUAAUAUUUUUAAUGAACUUGAAUAUUUGAAUAAGCAUCUGGAAUAAUACUUCAAAAUACA